AUGGUAAGUGAUGAUUUCUAUGCAGUUAUCUACAGACAUCUGCUUACUCGCGUGAAGGAGAGCCCACACGAGCAUCAACAGAGCCAGCUGCUGGCGCGCAUCAUCACCAACGUUGAGAAGCUCAAUGAAGCCAUCACGGUGCUGAACAAGGGACUCCAGGAGGUCAACGUACAGAAUAUGAACGUCGAGCUGGUCGCGCAGAUGUUCAAGAACUACCAGUCAAACGUCCUCUUCCAUCUUGAAGCUACGGAGAACUUGAAGGACCCGUCAUAG